GUAUGUCAUAAAAUUCUGAAAUUUAUGUAAACAGUAAUGUUUGUAAAUAUUUUUUUAAAUUUAUAUUUACGCCUAGUCUUGGAAUAAUAAAAAGAAUAUUAUUAAAUGGCAACUAAUUUUACCGACAGCCAGUUGCUAGGAUUAAGUAAAGAUUUUGAUACUGAAGGUUUUGAUCUACAAGCUGGAAAAACAUGGAUUUAUCCAACGAAUUAUCCUACUCGCGAUUAUCAGUACAAUAUUAUCGAAAAGGCGUUACUUAAAAAUACAUUGGUGAGUCUUCCUACAGGUUUAGGCAAAACAUUUAUAGCGGCAGUUGUUAUGUACAAUUUCUACAGAUGGUAUCCCCAAGGAAAAAUAAUAUUUAUGGCUCCUACAAAACCACUUGUUAAGCAACAAGUUGAUGCGUGUUAUAACAUAAUGGCAAUUCCACCAGAUUCAACUGCUGAAUUAACAGGUGCCAAAGCAUCAGCAUCUCGAACAGACAUUUGGAAACAAAAAAGGGUGUUUUUUAUUACACCACAAAUUUUACAAAACGACUUGAACAGUAUAACAGAGCUUGGGGAAGGUAUAAAGUGCCUUGUAUUUGAUGAAGCCCACAAAGCUAGAGGAAACCAUGCUUACUGUGAAGUUAUUAGAAGAUUAGUAGCACAAAAUCACAAGUACUUUCGAGUGUUGGCUUUAAGUGCUACUCCAGGAAAUAAUGUUAAUGAUGUCUUAGAAGUUAUUCAAAACUUAAUGAUCUCACACUUGGAAUUCAGGACAGAGGAAAGUAUAGACGUUCAUCCAUAUGUGUAUCAACGGUCUUUAGAAACAAUUGUAGUACCUCUGGGUAAUAAACUGCAAGAAGUGAAAGAUGAAUACCUAAAUAUUUUAGAAUAUUAUGUCAAGACCCUUAGAAAGUUUAAUGUAAUUCAAGGAAACUGUGGCUCACUAACUAAAGGAAAAAUAUUUAUGCUGAUGAAAGAUUUCCAGAAUAAGUGUAGAGGAACCAAGUCUUCUAAUUAUUCUGAGAUUAUGAGAUGUCUAAACAUCUGUGUGACACUGUACCAUGCCUAUGAGCUACUGAUUAAGCAUGGACUUAGAAAUUUUCUCUCGUUUUUUGAUGAACAUAUUGAGAAACCUUUACUUAAAGGCAAUACUCAAAUAAGAAGUAUAUUAAAUAAUGUUAGAGAUUACUUGGGUCCCAUUCCUAAUGUUGAAGUUUUGCCCGAUGGUACAUAUCCAGAAAUUCCAACUGAUAUUGUGUUUGGACAUCCAAAAUAUUAUAAAUUGCGAGAUGUUCUUGUGUCACACUUCACUGGAGCAGGCAACACCAGAGUCAUAGUUUUCUUUGAAUAUAGAGAGUCAGUUAUGGAAGCUCAUACACUUCUGCUUCAGUCAAGGCCCCUUAUACAGCCUAUGAUUUUUCUUGGGCAGGGAUCAGGAGUCACUCAGAAAAUACAAAUAGGGGUAGUAAAAGCAUUUAGAGAAGGCAGGUGUAACACACUUUUAUCAACUUGUAUUGGAGAGGAAGGUUUAGAUGUGGGCGAAGUAGAUCUAAUUGUUUGCUUCGACAUAUCGUCAAAAUCGCCAAUCAGAAUGGUACAAAGAAUGGGAAGAACCGGGAGAAAAAGAGAGGGUAAAGUUCUGGUACUGGUAACGGAGGGCAAAGAACAGCAAACCUUAAAAGAUUGCCUUAUACACAAAAACAAUAUUUCUACUUUCGUACUGGGUUCUAAACAGCUGUGCGCUGGCAUGUAUAAUGAAAGCCCUAGAUUGGUGCCAAAUAAUUUAACUCCUAAAUGUGAGAAAAUUUUUAUAACAGUAAAGAAGUUAGAGAAGAAAAAAUCUAUCAAAGAUAUGCUACGGUCCAUUUCUAGCAGUUCAUCAGAAUUAGUGUUUUCACAAAACCUGCAAAUAACUGAUAUACCUAGUAAAAUUCCUAAACGCAAUAUGUAUUUUAUGAAAGAUAAUAAUUCUACCGCCUACCAGUUUGACAAUAUGUUUUCCAAAUAUAUUGAUAAACAAAGAACUAUACACAAGCCUUACAUGAUCGGAUCUUCUAGAAAUACCAAAUUAUUAACCAAUUUACUUAGUUGGGCUGAUUCAAAAAGAUUCAACAUCCCCACACAAAUUCAAUUGUAUUCCGAAAAUACCUCCCAAAGAAACUUAAAGCAAGGAGAUAUAAGAAAUAUGUUUGUAAAGGUUUCCAGCCAAAAUGAUUUUCAAAUGACUCAGAAGUAUAAUGAUGAUAUUUCAACUCAAUUUGUUGAAACUAUGCAAGAAAACUACCAAGAAACUACCUCAGAAUCGUGCAAUGUUCCUAAAGAAGUUUUUGAAGUAAUAUCAAGCUAUGUGCUGAGUGAAAUGAACGAUUGGGAAUCAAAAUGCAAACAUUGUCCACCUGGAUUACAUGAAGAAAAUUUGUGGAUAACUGUAGAUCAACCUUCCACUGUAAAUAAUAAUAUUUGGAUACCAUCAGAGGAUAUACUGGAUACUAUAUCCCUCUCAGACUUAAAAGUAUUCCACAAUUCUUUAUUAGGGCAUAAAAUGGAUGAAAACGACGAUGACAUAAUAUUUUGUGAUGAUUUGGAUUCGCAGAUUUUUGAAAAUAUCGAUAUAGCUGAAAUAGAAAAAGAAAAAAGCGAUCAAGAACAGAAUGGAAGUAAAGAAGAUACAGAUCGGUCAGUCAAUUUUGAAGCUCCAAAAUCGUUUAUAGAUUUAUUAGACAAAUUCGGUGAAUCUAUAAUACAAGACCCUUCUCAAAAUGAUAAGUUAUGCAAAAAUUUAAACUUUAGCGCAUCGAGAGAUAUAUCUGAAAGAGAGAAUGGAAAUAAAGAAAAUACUAAGCAUUCAGUAAGUUUUGAUGCAUCAAAAUCAUUAUUAGACAAAUUUGGUGAACAGUCUCCUCAAAACGACACGUUAUACAAAAACUAUGAUGCAUCGAUAGGUCUAUCUGAAAACGAGAAUGGAAAUGAAGAAAAUACAAACCAAUCUGUUAAUUUUGAAGCACCAAAAUCAUUCUUAAGUUUAGUAGACAAAUUUGGGGAAUCUAUAAUACAUCACCAAUCGCAAAACGAAAUGUUAUGCAAAAAUAAUAAUAAUUGCGCUUCAAAAAAUCUGUCUGAAAAAGAAUUAUUGAAAAUGUUUAAUUUAGACUCAUUAGAAGAUUUAUUCGGGAACACCACAAUAGAAACAUCAGAAGAGACGGUUAUAUACUCCCCUACAGUAUCAAAUAUAGAUGCUUUAAGUGAUGAGAAUGAACCCACCUCUCCAGUUAUAACUUCCAGUUACAGAGAACGGGCUAAAAAGAGAAUAAUGAGGAAGUCAAAGCACCAACAAAAUAACACACUUAAUAGUUCAGGAAAUUGUGAAGAAACUGAAAAUUUGAGUAUUGCAUCUCUAGAAAAAUCAACAGAUUUAUUUCAUCAAGGAGAUAAUGAAGUAAAUAUUAAUCAAAAUUGUAUUACUCUCAACCGUGAUAAAGAAUCUGAAAAUUUGAAUGUUGCAUCACAAAGAAAAUCUGAAGAUCUAUUUAUUGAAGGAGAUAGUGAAAUAAAUAUUAAUCAAAAUUAUAUCGAUGAUGAAGAAACUCAAAAUUUGAAUGUUGUAUUAGACCAAUCUCAAAAAAAAUCUACAGAUAUUUUUCUCAAAGAAGAAAACAUUAUUAGAGAUAAUGAAACCGAGAGUUUUUGCUUCAAACUUGACAGUUCUCAGAAUGAAAAUACAACAAAUUUAGAGAAUUUCGAUGUAGCUUCAUCUGUUAUCUCUUACCAUAAUAAACAAGAAAGUGUGAAACAAGAUAGCAAAGCAUGUGUUGAAGACAAGUCAAUAACAGAAGAAUAUUCUGCUUUCAGAAACAGCACUUUUAAUAUAAAUGAAAUAUGUGACUUGUCUUAUUUUGGUUUGUCAAUCAAAGAACCAAAAUCCAACACAAAACGGGAAGAAAGUGAAACAGAAAUUAGUCAAAAAGAUAUUCUUGACAUAAGUGAAAUAUGUGAUCUUGCUGAAUUUGGAAUAGUAACUAAAAGCCCUGAUCGGACCCCUGAUAUUACAGAUAUAGAGCAAGAAACUACUAUGGAGACUAACAUGUCUCCAAUUCUUGGAAAUACAAAAUCAAAAGUAUGUGGUCCUAAAAAGAUGAUUUUUGAUAACAAAGUAGAUGAUGUUAGUGAUGAUGACUUAGAGUUUAUUCUCCCUAGUCAGAUAGACAGAAAGAUCUUGUCAAAUGCAGUUUCAGUUGAAGAUCAAUUACCACGGAAUAUUCAGAAUAGCACUAAUGUUACAGUAAGGAAAAAGAGAAAUGUUAAUAAUGAUCUGGAAUCACAAAAAACAAACAGUAGGUCAAAUGUACCAAAGGGUUUUAGGACUAUAACGAGGAGACAUUUAUCGUUUAAUGAUAGUGAUGAUGAUUUUGAAACUCCUAUUUACAACGUUAACAGAAAACCAAGUCCUCUGUCAAAAAUCAACAAAAAACAUGAAAGUUUUGAGAAAACUACAAAACCGAAAAAGAGUCCAAAAGAUUGUAAUAAAAGGAAACGUUUAAGCAACAACGAAGAUGCUGAUGUAUCAAUAUUACAGAACAAUACAUCCUUAGAAUUAUCAAGCUUUGAUAACUCUAAACACGUUUUAAGUUCGACAAACAAUUCCGACUUGUCCAUAACCCAAAUGUUAAGUUUAAUAAAUAAGUCUUCACAGAAAGAAAAUGUUCGACUUUCAGAGAAAAAAGUUGUUAAAAAUUCACACACAACUCCAGUACACGAUCUGAGCAUUUUUGACAACUUGGCGAACUAUGAAGAGUUCAGUAGUUCAUUUAUACCGCCGGUAGUUGAGGCUUCUAGUUCAAAAAAACGUAGUGAAAAUUCGUAUCUGUAUAUAGAUAAUGGUACAAAUGGUAAUUGUAGUAAGAUAUUAGAUAAUAGGAAAAUAUCUAGCAGGAAAAAUCGUGAAGAAACUCGUUCCAGUGUUGAUGAUUUUGACGAUUUUCAUUUUCUCAAACCACCUGUUCCAGGAUUUAGUACAUCAAAAAGUAAAACUCAUGAGAAAGUUAGCAGUAAUAAAAAGAAGAAAAAGCCUAAUGAAUUUCUGGACUUAGAAGCUGAACUAUCUGAGGAUGAAAGCGUGUUUAUAUCUGAUGAUGAAAGGGAAGAAAACAUUGAUUGUUAUGAAGGAAGUUUUGUUAAUGAUGAAAGUCAAUACGUGAAUACAGAAAUGCAUGCAAAAUAUUUGCAAUCCUUAAGAAGUCCUGUUAAUAAUCGAGCUAAAUUCAAGAUACAUCUUAAGCCUGCCGAAAAUGUUGUCAACGUUUUUUCCCAGCCAGUAGAGAAGGACAUAGACAAUUACCUUGAGGAUUCAUUUUGUGUGGACGCUGAUGACGAAGAGUUGUCUCAAAACCACGAACUGUCCGAACUAGAAGUUCUGGAACGGAAAUUGAAGGAACAAAAAAAGAGGAAAAAGAGCCAAGAACAUAAAACACAGAAGCCGAAAAGACGGAGAAUUAUGCAGGUUCUGAGCGAUGACAGCGAUUGAAAUUGUACGUUUCAAACUGCCCUUAGAUCUGAGUACGCCAUUGUGAUAUUUGUUAAAUAAAUGCCAUAAUUUUAUAAAUA